CGCCAUGUUAAAUGUCGAUUUCCUCCAGAACGGAACCGUUUAUAUGUUUACACGCAUGCUCAAAACAAGUCUUUUGGCUCAGUUUCCAUCUUGAUCACAUGUGAGUAUCUACGAUUUUUCGCUAUUAAUUAAGCUUGCAAGGUUGAAACGCUGCGAAUUCGAUAAAUAACCAUGUCAGAUAAUCUGGAAGAGACGCAUUUCGAUACCGGGGACUCCGGCGCCUCCGCUACCUAUCCCAUGCAAUGUUCAGCCCUACGUAAAAACGGUUUCGUCAUGUUAAAGUCCAGGCCUUGCAAGAUCGUCGAAAUGUCCACGUCCAAAACUGGUAAACACGGUCAUGCUAAAGUUCAUUUGGUCGGCAUCGAUAUCUUUUCAGGUAAAAAAUACGAGGAUAUCUGCCCGUCCACGCACAACAUGGACGUGCCUCACGUCAAACGCGAGGACUACCAAUUGACUGACAUUUCCGACGACGAUUAUCUAUCGCUGAUGUCCGACAACGGGGAGCUGCGCGAGGACCUCAAAGUGCCCGACGGCGAAGUGGGCGUCCAGCUGCGCACCGAACACGCCGCCGGCAAAGAUAUUUUAUGUACUGUACUCAAAUCCUGUGGCGAAGAAGUGGUAACUGCAGUUAAAACAAAUACUGCCUUGGAUAAAUAAUAAGACCGGUUGAUUGACAGUGGGGUCGAAUACCAAAAGUCACGUUUUUAUCCUAACCGGGGCCCCACCGCUCCCUCCCCAAUCAUAAUAUUUUAUGAGUAUAUUUAUAAUGGACCAUCAGUUAUCAAUAAAUAAGGCUUAUAAACUAACUGGACGCCUUGUCAACCGGCAAAAACGACGUUAAUGUGGUAUAUUUUACAUCUCUGUAAUUUGUUGGCAAAAUUAAAAUGCAAAAAAGCUACAUUUUCGUUCAAUAAAAACUAAUUUAAUUUUAAUAAUAUGUAAAUUUCUUUUUUUUUUAUCAUUAUUACCGGCUCUCAUUAGAAUCACCUAUUUCUUAUUGUAUCCCCCGAUCGUAAGUAGUUGUGUUUUGAUAAUUUUUUUUACGUUAGACGGGAAUUAGGUGUUUCUAAGUACGUUGUUGAAUAUUUUUUUUGAAGUGAAUAAACAUAGCAUUUUUAAAGACUUGUUUUUGAUAUUGUUUAUACUAGUUAUACGAAAUGAUCAAAACGUUGGAAAACUGUUCGUACGAUGGUUUUUGCGCAAUAAUUUUUGGUUUGAAAAUAUAUGAAUUGAAUAUCAACCGAGCGACUUUCAUUCCCCCAUCGAACGAAGCGCUACAGGACUCACUUGCCCACGCAGAAAUCCCUGAAAAUCACGUCCAGCAAUUCCUCGGCGGUGACGCUGCCCACCAGUUUGCCCAGCUGGUGCAUCGAUUUCCGCAAAUGCUCCGCCAUCAGGACCGUAUCUUGGCGUUGGUGCUGCGCGAGAAACGAUUCCAAAUGGCCCAAGCAGGCCCCGAGGUGCUCCCGGUGCCGCAGCUGGUUCAUGCUGGGGUGCUCCGCCGAAGGCUCCCCGCAUCUGCGACA